CUCAGUUGCGAGGCUGGAGCCCGACGUGUCACGCGACCCGCGCGCCGCCGCCCCCUGGUGGCCACUCGCGACAAUGUGCUCACCACAACGUGCCGUAUUCAACCAACCCCCUGUGCAGUGAAAGUGAACUUUACUACUUUUGUGACACAGGAAAUAACCGUUUUGAGAUUUAUUCAAGUGUCGCGAUAAGGGACCUUUUUGUGUAAAUGUGAAGGAUUAAUUUGAAACGACAAUGAAUGUGAAGUAGAAAUUUUGUGGGGGCAAAAUUAGUGUUUUUUUUGUUUGUAAAAUGUUGACGCUCGGGAGAAUGUUUCUGUUGGAGUCUUAGAGUAAGAUAUCAAGCAUGGGGGCGAUUAAAAAAAGUGGUGCCAUUUGGCGGGCGCUGGGCUUACUGCUACUCAGCUGGAGUUCAGAAGUGUCGUCACUGAAGGACGUGGCCCUUAUAGCACCCAGCGCGGUGCAGCUCGGAGACACAGUGAUGUUGGGAUGCAAGUGGACAUUAGAACCUAACGAGACAUUGUACAGUGUGAAGUGGUAUAGAGGGCGGCAGGAGUUCUUUAGUUAUCUUCCGAAAGAGUACCCGUUUACCAGGAUCUUCGCGCAGCCUGGGAUUGACGUUGAUGUGUCAAGGUCGACAUCCCAACAAGUGGUGCUGCGGGAGGCGAGCCGGUCGUUCGCCGGGCGCUACCGCUGCGAGGUGUCCGCUGAUGCCCCCUCGUUCCACACGCAAGUGCGCUCCGCCUACAUAUAUGUUGUUGAGCUGCCGCCGGACAAGCCGACUAUAAAAGCCGAGAAGGGGUGGUAUGCAUCGGGCGACUCCCUGCGCGCGCAGUGCUCCUCGCCCCCCGCCGACCCGCCCGCCAACCUCACCUGGCUGCUCAACGGGAAAGAUAUACAAGGAAAGCCUAUAAUUCAGCAGAGGAUUCUGCCAAGUCCGUCGGUGUCCAUCGACAUCCCCCAGCCUAGCGGCAGGAGCCAGGCGGCGUCCGACGCCAGCGGCCCGACGGCGUCCCACGCCAGCGGCCAGGCGGGCCCCGGCGAUGAAAACAACAAUAUCAUAUUCAGCCCGUGGAAGGCUUUUGGGCCCUUCGUUGAUAAUAUUCAGGAAGGCGACACGUCCAGUCAGGACACGGUGGUGCUGCCGACGCCGCACCCGCCCGACGGCGCGCUGGAGGACGACGCGCUGGACCCGUCGCCCACUCCAGAAACUUCUAAUAAGGUGGCCUCAAUAAGCCAGCUCUCGUUCAUGGUGCGACCAGACAGCUUCGAGCGGGGCCAGCUGCGGCUCACCUGCAUAUCCAGCGUGCACUCGGUGUACAGCGAGAGAGCCGAGCUGGUGAUCAAUGAGGAACGACCUCAGAUCGCCUCGGUGCUCGGGACUAGGGACGCUGCUAGUGGUUCCGCCCCCGCCUCGCUAGUUCUCACCGUGGCCUGCUCAACAGUAUCUUUCACCAAUUUUAUACUAAGGAAAAUGCUGCGAUGAUGUUCGGCAUAAAAAAGGUAAAGGAAAUGCCAUAAGAAUUUACAUUGUAAAAAUCAUAAUGAAAUUUUAAUCUAUACGUACUUUUGAUUUUAAAAGUACAAUUCGCUUCAGGCGGGCCUGUAGAUUAAAAUUAUUUUUUGA